AUGGCGCGCCCCCUCAGCCCUCACCUGUGCUUGCUGCUGCUGUUUCUGACAGGUCUCUGCUCCUCCUUUAACCUGGACGUGCAUCACCCACGCCUGUUUCCUGGGCCACCUGAGGCCGAGUUUGGAUUCAGUGUCUUACAGCAUGUUGGGGGUGGACAACGAUGGAUGCUGGUGGGUGCUCCCUGGGAUGGGCCUUCAGGCAACCGGAGGGGAGACGUCUACCGAUGCCUGAUCGGAGGUGCCCACAAUGCCCCAUGUGUCAAGGGUCACUUAGGUGACUAUCCACUGGGAAACUCAUCUCGUCCUGCUCUGAAUAUGCACCUGGGGAUGUCUCUACUAGAGACAGAUGAUGACGGUGGAUUCAUGGCCUGUGCUCCUCUCUGGUCUCGUGCCUGCGGCUCCUCUGUCUUCAGUUCUGGGAUUUGUUCCCGAGUAGAUGCUUCAUUCCGGCUCCAGGGAAGCCUCGCACCCACCGCACAACGCUGCCCCACAUACAUGGAUGUAGUGAUUGUCCUGGAUGGCUCCAACAGCAUCUACCCCUGGUCUGAGGUCCAGACCUUCCUUCGAAGACUGGUAGGGAGACUGUUCAUUGACCCGGAGCAAAUACAGGUGGGGCUGGUCCAGUACGGGGAGAGACCUGUGCACGAGUGGUCUCUGGGGAAUUUCCGGACUAAGGCCGAGGUGGUCAGGGCAGCCAGGAACCUGAGUCGGCGCGAGGGACGAGAAACCAAGACAGCACAGGCAGUACUGGAGGCCUGCACAGAAGGGUUCAGUGAGUCCCGUGGGGGGCGGCCAGAGGCUGCCAGGCUGCUGGUGGUCGUCACUGAUGGAGAAUCACAUGACGGAGAGGAGCUGCCCGCGGCACUGCAGGCCUGUGAAGCAGGCAGGGUGACGCGCUAUGGGAUUGCGGUCCUGGGUCACUACCUCCGGCGGCAGCGAGACCCCAGCUCUUUCCUCCGUGAGAUCCGAGCGAUUGCCAGUGACCCUGAUGAGAAAUUCUUUUUCAAUGUCACGGAUGAAGCGGCUCUAACAGACAUUGUGGAUGCCCUGGGAGACCGGAUUUUUGGCCUGGAAGGAUCCCGUGAAAAGAAUGAAAGCUCCUUCGGGCUGGAGAUGUCUCAGAUUGGUUUCUCCACUCAUCGACUCAAGGAUGGAAUUCUCUUUGGCAUGGUGGGGGCCUACGACUGGGGGGGCUCGGUGCUGUGGCUCGAAGGAGAGCACCACCUGUCCCCCCCACAGGCGGCACUAGAAGAGGAAUUUCCUGCUGCUCUGCAGAACCACGCGGCCUAUUUGGGUUACUCCGUGUCCUCCAUGCUCCUGCGGGGGGGACGCCGCCUCUUCCUGGCUGGGGCUCCUCGUUUUGAACACCGAGGAAAGGUCAUCGCCUUCCAGCUAAAGAGAGACGGGGCCAUGCGUGUGGCCCAGAGCCUUGAGGGGGAGCAGAUUGGCUCCUACUUUGGCAGUGAGCUCUGCCCCCUGGACAUGGAGGGGGACGGAACUACCGACGUCCUGCUGGUGGCUGCCCCCAUGUUCCUGGGGCCCCAGAGCAAGGAGACAGGCCGAGUCUAUGUGUAUCUGGUGGGCCAGCAGCCCCUGCUGACGCUCCAGGCCGUACUGCAGCCAGAACCCCCUCAAGACGCCCGCUUUGGCUUCGCUAUGGCUGCCCUCCCGGACCUCAACCAGGACGGCUUUAUAGAUGUGGCUGUGGGGGCGCCCCUGGAGGACGGGCACCGUGGGGCUCUCUAUCUUUAUCAUGGGGUCCAGCGCGGAGUAGGGGCACGGCCCGCCCAGCGGAUCGCAGCCAUCUCCAUGCCAUGGGCCCUCAGCUACUUCGGUCGCAGUGUGGAUGGUCGACUGGACCUGGAUGGAGAUGAUCUGGUCGAUGUGGCCGUGGGAGCACACGGGGCAGCUGUCCUGCUCAGUUCCCGGCCCAUUGUCCGCCUGGCUCCUUCGUUGCGUGUGAGUCCAUCAGACAUCAGCGUGGUCCAGCGGGACUGCAGGCGGCGGGGUCAGGACGCAGCCUGCCUUUCCGCAGAGCUUUGCUUCCAGGCAACAUCCAGCACCCCAGGCCGCUGGGACCGGCGAUUCUAUGUGCAAUUCACAGCAUCACUGGAUGAAUGGACAGUUGGGGUGCGCGCGGCCUUCGACGGCUCUGGCCAGAGGCUGUCCCCACGGAGACUCCGGCUCAUUGUGGGAAAUGUCACUUGUGAGCAGCUGCACUUCCAUGUGCUGGACACAUCUGACUACCUCCGGCCAGUGGCCUUGACUGUCAACUUUGCUCUAGACAACACCACCAAGCCGGGACCAGUGCUGGACCAGGGCUCGGUCACAUCUGUGCGAAAGCUGAUCCCUUUCUCCAAGGACUGUGGCCCUGACAAUGAGUGUGUCACUGACCUGGUGCUGCAUGCUGUUAUGGACAUCAGAGGCUCCAGGAAUGCCCCCUAUGUGGUCCGCGCUGGGCGGCAGAAGGUGCUGGUGACAGCAACUCUGGAGAACAGGCAGGAAAAUGCCUAUAACACCAGCCUGAGUCUCAGCUUCUCCAGGAACCUCCACCUGGCCAGUCUCAGCCCUCAGAGGGAUGCUGGUGGCACCAUGAAGGUGGAAUGUACAGCCCCAGCCUCACACACCCGGCUCUGCAGCGUGGGGCACCCCGUCUUCCAGACCGGAGCCAAGGUGACCCUCUUGCUGGAGUUUGAGUUCAGCUGUUCCUCCAUCCUGCGCCAGGUCCUGGUGAGGCUGAGUGUCACCAGCAACAGCCUGGAGAGGAAUGAGAGCCUGUGGGACAACACAGCACAGACCAUGGCCCAUGUCCAGUAUGAGCCGCACCUCCUGUUCUCCAGUGAGUCCACGCUGCACCGCUAUGAAGUUCAGCCCUAUGGGAGCCUUCCAGUGGAUCCUGGCCCUGAAUUCAAGACCACACUCAGGGUUCAGAACCUGGGCUGUUACGCAGUUCAUGGCCUCAUCAUCUCUGCGCUUCUUCCCGCUGUGGCCCACGGGGGCAGUUACUUCCUCUCCCUAUCUCAAGUCAUCGCUCACAAUGCCAGCUGCACAGUGCACAACCUGACCAGCCCCACAGAGCCCCCCAUUCAUCCAGAGGAGCUUCAGCAUACAAGCAGGCUGAAUGAGAGCAACACUCGGUGUCAGGUGGUGCGCUGCCAGCUGGGGCACUUGGCAAAGGGGACCGACAUCGCUGUGGGACUGCUGAGGCUGGUUCACAAUGAGUUUUUCCGGAGGGCCAAAUUCAAAUCUCUGAUGGUGGUCAGCACCUUUGAGCUGGGAGUCGAAGAAGGCAGUGUUCUACAAAUGGCCGAAACCGCCCGUUGGAGUGAGAGUCUCCUGGAGGUGAUCCAGACCCAUCCUGUCUUCAUCUCACUGUGGAUCCUCCUUGGCAGUGCACUGGCUGGGCUGCUGCUGCUGACCCUUCUCGUCUUCUGCCUUUGGAGGCUUGGCUUCUUUGCCCGUAAGAAAAUCCCUGAAGAAGGAGAAGAGAAAGUAGAGCAAUGAAUGUAGAAAAAAGCCCAAGCGUGUCCUCUGGCAGCGUCUCCAAAAGAUGGGCUCAGCAGUCUGGGGGCACAGAGGGGAGGCAGAGGAGCCCAGACUGUCUCCCCAGAUCUCAGCCUGACUUGUGUUUGAGC